AUGGGCAAGUAUAUUCUCGCCGUGAACGCGGGCUCCUCCUCCGUCAAAGUCACCUUCUAUACAUGCGACAAUCCUCCGCGGGCGAUCGCCGAUGCGCAAGUCUCAGGCAUCACAGCACCACCACCCACGUUCAAGUACCAGCAUGGAGAGACCAAAGUGAAGGAGGAGCUAAAGGACAAGUUGAACACCCCACAGGAUGCCUUCAAGUAUAUCGUGGAGCGCUGCUUCAAAGAUUCCGAGCUAUCGGAGGUCGCCAGCGAGCGUGACGUCGCCUACAUCUGUCACCGCAUCGUGCACGGUGGAGAGUACCACGAGGCCGUGGAGAUCAACGACGAUACGCUACACCAUCUAGAGAAAUUGGAGGAUUUGGCCCCUCUGCACAACUUUUCUGCGCUAGAGAUUGUACGAUUCUGCAAGAAAGAGCUCCCCAGCGUCAAGAGCAUCACUUGCUUCGAUUCUGCCUUCCAUCAAACCCUCCCGGACUAUGUCAAGACCUACCCCAUUAAUCAACAAAUUGCCAAGGCCAAUGGGCUGCGCAAAUACGGAUUCCAUGGGAUCAGUUACUCGUUCAUUGUUCGUUCUGUGGCGCAGUUCCUGGGUAAGCCCCAGGAACAGACCAACAUCAUUGCGAUGCACAUUGGCAGCGGAGCUUCCAUGUGUGCUAUCAAGGAAGGAAAAUCAGUGGAUACUACAAUGGGCCUGACCCCCUUAUCUGGGCUCCCUGGUGCGACACGCAGCGGCGACAUUGAUCCCUCACUCGUGUUCCAUUAUACAAGCGAGGCAGGGAAGCUAAGCCCUGCAAGCACCAAGGAAAUGCACAUCAGCACUGCCGAAGAGAUUUUGAACAAGCAGUCCGGCUGGAAAGCCCUGACCGGCACAACUGAUUUUGCCCAGAUCGCAGUCGACAAGUUCCCGUCCGAAGCCCACAAGCUCGCCUUCGAUAUUGUCAUCGACCGGAUGCUCGGAUACAUUGGCAACUACUACUUGAAGCUGGGCGGCAAGGUAGAUGCGUUGGUCUUUGCCGGUGGGAUUGGCGAGAAGAGCGCGCUCCUCCGACGCACACUGGUGGAAAAGAGCCAGUGUUUGGGGUUUGCCAUCGAUGCUAAGGCUAAUGAGGAUGGGCCGAGAGAUGAUGAGGUGGUCAAGGAUAUUUCUCAGUCAUCCUCCCAGGGCCCGCGCGUGGUGGUUUGCCAGACUAAUGAGCAGUUCGAAAUGGCUUACACUACAAUCCAGUCCCGCUCUUGA